AAUUCCACAAGAAGACGAAGAAGAAGCAGGGGGAAAAAAAACAGCCAGCCAGGCGUUUCUUGUGGCUGCAUGUUAGCAAAAAUCCAUCACGACAAAAAAAAUGAGCAAGACAUUGACGGACCAUGGUUUCCCUCCCCUCUCCUCUUUCCGCCUCAUCGUCCCUCCUCUGCAGCUUGUGUCUGCAGCUCUGUUGGAGAUAGUGAAGCAGGGAGCUGUGAUGUAUUUCGGUCUGCUGGAGGAGUUUAUCACCUCAGUGUUGGAAACAGCCCCUGAGCUGCUCACUGACACAGAGAGAGUCCAACUAGUGAUUGGCCUUCGAGCAAAGGCGGUGCUAGAGUUGUGCCGCAAUGAUGCAUUUUCUGACCAGCAGGCUUUUCGGCAUCAUCUGAGCCAAAUAAAUACCUUCAUUACAAACCAGGAUAAAGAGACUUCCAAUUCUGAGAUGAAAGUUUCAGUUACAAACUUCCUGAGGCUUGUUCACACUCUAAUGGAAGAUCACUGUCAGAGGGAUAUCUUUUAUAAGAACAUCUUCCCAACACUGUUUGGUCCUAAAUAUGACUCAGCUCUACAGGCUCUAAUGAAGAAAUUCCUCCUCAAUCUGCAUGAGCUGCUGCCUGUUCCUAACCUUGAACAAACUUCCCUUUGGUUGAGUCUCUCUCCUUCUAUCUUGAAAGAGUGUGUGGACUUCAUGAACCAGUCUAAGCCACUUAAAACACUUAUCCAGCAUCACAAACACCAUGGGCACAAAGUUCCUAAAGCUUUGUCUUCCUCUGGGGAUGAUUGCAUCCUUUCCAGCCUGUCGUAUCACCUACCAAAUGUGGACAAAGACAAAGGGGAUGUAGUUGUCAAAACUGAACCCACAUUUGACCCUGAUGAUUGGCAGGCAGAUAACCUAUUGAGCAGUGAGUCAAAACAAGUUGUUGAAGAAGACGACGUUAAUGUGUUCUAUUCUGAAUUUGUGAAAAAUGAGGAAGAAUAUGGACAGCAGUGUGUCAGUGAUGUAACUGAAGAUCAGGGAGCAUCUGUUGAAGUAACAGUUCCAUUUUUUGAGGAAAAUGAGUCCAGUGAUGGUGACCACAUGGAUGAAAAAUGGUUCAAUCACUUGGGAACUUGCAGUCGGACAUCUAAUGAGGACGGCAGUCUUGUUUGUCAUGUUUGUACCAAAGAUUUUGAUUGCCAAAAACUCUUUGACGAACACAAGAGGAUGUGUGCGGGCAGAAGCAAAGGACAAGAAGAGAUGGACCCACAAUGUUCCUCAAGCUCGGCUUUUCACACUGAACCACUCCCUAUUGAUAAAUUAAACAAGUCUGUUCCUUUUGACAUGUCAAACAUUGCACCCCAGGAAUUAAUAUCCUCUGACACAUCACAAGAACAAACAUCUAAAAGAAGCAGUCGCGUCAAACAAUGCUCCAUAUGCAGGGAAAUAUUUACUAGUUCUACUGACCUGAUGAAGCACAUGAGAAGCCACACUGAACAGAGUCCCUACCUUUGUUGUUAUUGUGGGGAAGAUUUUGAUAGCUAUAAAGACUGCAUGACACACCAGGAAGAUAAAUGCAAAGCUUCAAACCAGUCUUCAAAAGACAGUUCCAUGAGCCAUGAAAAUAACAUGAAACAAGAGAUCAAUGAGGUUUAUAGUGAAAUAAGUCAGAGCUCGACAUCUGCAGAUGCAUCAGCAGACUCAAAGGCUUAUAAACAGCCACUGACAUGUCCAAAAUGUUGCCAGCGUUUUACCUACCACAAGAGUUUUGAGAAGCACCAGAAAAUAUGUUCAGAAGCAGCUUCUCAAAGGAUUAAGAAAACCAACACAAACAAUUUGGUUGACAAUGGACGUGAUAUCGUUUCAGUUGACAAGGCUAUGGAGAGCAAUGCUGAGAAAAGUUCUGAAACAAUGGAAAGCCAAACUGCAACAACUUCAUCCACAGCAGUGGCUUCCAGUGAAAUAAGUCAGAGCUCGACAACUGCGGAGUCACCACCAAACUCAAAGGCUUAUAAACAACCGCAAACGUGUCCAAAAUGUGGCCAGUGUUUUAUUUACUACAAGAGUUUUAAGAAGCACCAGCAAAUAUGUUCAGAAGCAGCUCCUCGAAGGAUUAAGCAAACCAAAAAAAAACAUGUAAUUAACAAUGGAAGUGAUUUCUUUUCAGUUGACAAGGCUAUGGAGAGCAAUGCUGCGAAAAGUUCCGAAACAGCAGAAAGCCAAACUGCAACAACUUCAUCCGCAGCAGUGGCUUCCAGUGAAAUAAGUCAGAGCUCGACAACUGAAGAUGCAUCAGCAGACUCAAAGGCUUUUAAACAAUCUCUUAUGUGUCCAAAAUGUGGCCAGUGUUUUACUUACUACAGGAGUUUUGAGAAGCACCAGACAAUAUGUUCAGAUGCAGAUUCUCAAACAAAAGAGCCAACCAACACAAACUAUUUCAUCAUCAAAGGCUGUGAUUUCUUUUCAGUUGACAACACUACUGAGAUCAAUGCUGAGAAAAGUUCUGAAACGAUGGAAAGCCAAACUGCAACUUCAUCCACAGCAGAUGAUGCAGAGGGCUCCCAGUGUAAAGAUGGAACCUUUAAGUGCACCAUGUGUGAGAAAGACUUUUCAAACAUUGUGCUCAUGCAAAGACAUUACUCUGAGUCCCAUGGUGUCAGAGGCCCAUACCCCUGUACUUUGUGCAAGACCACUUUUACCAGGUUGUAUGAACUGAUUCGACACCAGCAAAACAAACAGUUGUUUCUAUGCCCCAUCUGCAAGAAAGGAUUCAGACAUCCAGGAGAAAUAGAAAGACAUCAAAAAAUACAUUCUCCAACACCAUGCAAAUGUGAAACGUGUGGGAAAAUCUUUGAUUCUAACUAUGCUCUGAUGCGGCACAGGAGAACACAUAGAGAACGGCCACCUGUUGUUUGUACAUACUGUGGGAAACAGUUCACUUCAAAGGACUACUUGAGAGCUCAUAUGGUGAGGCAUACAGAUGGUUACCCAUGCCCAGAGUGCGGGAAGGUAUUCUAUCAAAAAACACUGCUAACAUAUCAUCUGUAUAAACACAAAGGGCAAGAGCCGUACCUCUGCGACACGUGUGGCAAAGGAUGGCCGAACGCGGCUCUGCUCAAGGUUCACAUGGUUAAACACAGAGAAGGUCAGCCAUUUAAGUGUGAAGACUGUGGUGCGGCUUACAAGCGGGAAUCAAGUUUGAUCUCUCACCGCAGAUCCAAACAUAUAGGCUUGCGGCCAUUUGUGUGCGAGGUUUGCAGCAAGGCCUUCAGGAUAAACAGCCAGCUGAAAAAUCACAUGAUGGUCCACACAGGGGAACGACCCUACUCGUGUCCAAUGUGUGGCAAAAAGUUUACAAAAGGCUAUAACUUAAAGAAGCACAGAGAAAAGCCAUGUCUAUAGGAGAAACCUGUUUGUGAGCUGUGUUAAAACUGAUCAUGAUUAUGUGCCACCCUUUAUUCCACCAAUUCAUACAGUAUAUCUGUAUAUGUGCUGUACUGGUUUGAUUAUAGAGCUCCUGAUGUGUAAAUAAAGAACAAGCUGUUUGUGAUAUU